CCUCUCUCUCUCUCUCUCUCUCUCUCUCUCUCUCUCUCUCUCUCUCUCUCUCUUAGUGCGCAUGCAUAUUUUAUAUGUACUGUCGCUGGAUGGAUAGGGACGGUCGAGUUAGAGAUUGUGUAAGUUUUGGUAUUAUAGAUUUCUGCCUUAUGGACAUAUAUAAUUGUUAUUAUAAUAGCGCUCGAAGCCGGCUCUUAUCGCUCUUUUUGAUAGACCAAUGUAUAUUAUAAGAUUCAUAUCUUUUUCUGGUAAAAUAAGAUUCAUGAUAUAUUUCUUACUUUGAUGAUGUAAUUACGGAAAACGAUUGGAUAAAUGGAUAUACUUUUAUCUUCAAGUUAUUUCGAAUAAUCAACAUUCCUUAAUUAAUUGUUUAGUCUUGUUUACUUGAUUACUUUUGGUUUUGUAACUACUUGUUAGUCGUGGUGACAUAACAACAUAGCGAGUAUUUAUGAUCAUAUGCAUACCUGAUUGAUUACUUAACGAAGGUUUGACAAAUAUUGACACACCGUGAAAAGAUCUUAAUUCAAUUCGGAACUCGUACGUAAAUGCUUAAAAUAAAUUUAUCAUAUUGAUUGUAAGUAAGUACCAGUUGUUUUACUCUACUGAUUUACAUGGAAAUGAGGAAAUCGAUUCUCACUUGAUGCAUUUUAACCACCAAGCACGAUUAUCCGCACAAUUUUUGGGGUAUAAAAAUCCAUCCUAGAGACAAGGCCACCUACAAAAUCAACGAGUGUUUACAAAUGGAUCGCACAUGAGUCUAUAAAGGGCUUGACCAGUCAUAGGCCCCAACACAAUAAGUAUAUAUUAAGAUGUCGUUCGUAUUAAAUAUGUGUACUAAACCGUAAUGCGGCGAUCUUUAUCAUUUUAUAUUAUUCAAAGCACUAAUUUGCACUUUGAAAGUCGCAAGAGUCACUUGCUAAGAUGGUUGCAGCAUUAAUAUGAUUAUUAUAGAUGCUUUUGGUAAUGAAGAAAAAUGAAGGCAACGAGAAAAACCGUCGUCAGUGACAACGCACGCUUGCACUUGCCAUAAGCACUCAAGUCCUUAGCUAGCUUAACCCAUCUCCACUACCAUUACUAGAAACCCAUCCCGUAAAACUCUAUAAAUAGAAACCCUCCUUGGAUCUCUUCUUUCCUCAUAUACACUCUUACCCACCGCGUUAUCUACUACACAAUUGCAACUCAUCUCUCUCCCUUUCUAUUGCCUUUCUAUACAUAGAAACUAGUUGCAACAUACUGUAACUGUAAUGGCUAAGUUGAGCUUCUCCUUAUGCUUCUUGUUGUUUCUUCUGCUAGCCUCAGUCGCCAUGGGAAGCCGUCCUCUUGAGCGGGCUCCAGUAGGGGUGAAGGUGAGAGGUCUAAACUCGUCUAUUAAGGCUAAGAGCGCGACUGCACUGGAUGGUCAAGCUUCAGGUAGCAGCAACAGCAGCCAUGGAAAAACUCCAGAGCGGUUAAGCCCUGGAGGACCCGACCCGCAACAUCAUUAGUUAUUUAGGAUUUCCUUUAUAAUCAAGUGAGUUGUUCUCAAUUUCUUUGAGAUUUGUAUUUCUUAUCAAUAAUUUGGUUGCAAUGAAUCUGUUUUUUCUUUUGUAAUAGAAUUAUGAAUUUGUGUUUGUAAGAUUAUUAUAAAGUAUAACAGUUCUGUUGAUAUAAUAUUUGAAGUUUCGUUAUCGUACGUUAGAUAUCUAAAUUUCGUUAUUUUACCUUUUUGACUAAACAAGGACCGUAUUUAUCAUCCAGUAUCCACAAUUUAUAGAAAAGAGUUUCCGUCUUUAUUUUACUACUACGGCUGUAACUGGUGAAUCAAAAAAGGAAUAAAUAGAAUAGAAAUGAAUGAAAUAACAAGAAUGAAAUGCAGUAGAAAAAUAGAAUAGAUCCAUUUCAUUUAUUCAUUGACAAAAUUGUUAUGAAAUGGUUUCCUUUGUAUUUGGUUUUUUUUUUUUUGGAAUUGAUGGAAUGGCAUUCCAUUUCAUUCAUGGUAACUGGUAAAUUUUUUUAUGAAAUUAAUGGAAUUGAUCAUUCCAAAGCAUUUCAUUCCAAAAAUAGGUAUUAUUUUGUGCAUUUACAGUAGUAUAUAGCAAACGCAAGGUAUGAGGUUGAUUUAAAUGGUCAUGCAUGUAGGAUGCUGUCGUAUGAUUACAUCGUGUUUACGUCGAUUAUGACUAGUAUGUUAAAAAAACAAAGUUAAUAACAUGGAUUUCAUGCAGUGACUGAGAUUUUUGUUAGAUUUAUUGAAAAAUAAAGACGUUUGGAAUAUAUAGUAUAACAUUUUUUUUUGUCAUCAGAAUAUAUAGUAUAACUAAUUCCCAUUAUUUGACCGGGUGAUUGUGGUCGAGUGGUAAGGAGACGGGGCUGAGACACCAACAUGUUUCAGGUUCGAUCCACCUGCUGCGCGAAACUAAGUCACAAUUAUCCUGGUCACCCAACACGGAUAUGGGCCCAUGCUUUAGGGCCCAUUUGAAUACCCGGAGAGAGGGUCUAUCCGUGGGCUGCACCUCCCCUUGGAGAUUAGUCUGGACCUCUCCAUGGGCCUGGGAUACCCCCAGGUUAAUCAAAAAAAAAAAC